AUGGUGAGCAUUGGCGGCUCGUCAGAGACGAAGCAGGAAACAGGAGGGAGUGGUAAAGACGAAGCAGUGGCUACGUACUUGCACGAAGCUGUAGCCAAAACGCUAGCAGAGGGCAUUGCCGCCACUAUAAAGGCUCAACCUGAGGAUCCCCCCUUAUUUCUUUCCCGCUGGUUGCUGCAAUACGUUGAGGAGCGCCACAAACGAUUAGAGGCAUCCUCAACGGCAAGGAAAGUAGCUUCAGUGAAACCGGAAACAGCAACUGGAGCAACCCAAGAUUUUACCCCGCAACUAGACUUGCAUGGCCUCCACGCCGUGGACGAUAAGGCCAUUAAGGCCUUUCGAGAAGUAGAGUGGGUGGAGGAAGAAACGCUAGUUAGCGUUCUUAACCACUUGAAAGAAAGCCUUGGCGCUACAGGGGUAUACCUGGCAAAGUAUGAGGAACAGCUGGGUUCUAGAGGAGAAGACGCAACGGCAUCUCUAAGAUAUAUAGCUGCGGAUGACAGCCACUCGUAUAUGCUUAACUACUGUCUCCACGAAGACGAAGGGCUAACUUGGGAUUUGCUCCAAGAGCCAGGAAAGGAACUGGAAGGGGCGUCCAAGGACUCAAAAGAGGAAGAGGAAGAGGAAGACAAUGGAUGCUCCUCCGAGGGAAUUCUUGAGAAUCCUUGGGCGUCCAGCAAUGUUACUGGAGCACAAAUAGACGUAGCAGUCACCCACAAAAGUCUGGUUGUUGAAGAAGUACUGGACAACCCUAGAGUUCGCUUUUUUGGCCUUACUCGGCCUGGAAGCUACAUAGCUGUGUCGAUCGAGUUAUUUGAGGUCGCAAAUACUGAGUCAGUCAUGGCUGUCUUCAAUUGGAUGAAAGAAAAGAGAGCGCGAGAGGAAGACAUUUCUUCUUCCCAAACGCAAGACGAAACAGUCUCAUCUGGAAAUGGAGAGUCUCGAGAGGCUCGUGCCUACCUGGCUGGUCCUAAUGGCACCGAAGACGACUCAAAUGAAGAUGAAGAUACCCUAGAACUGGCGGAUAAGCCGCUCGCACCACCCGUACUUCGGAGGACUCCAGCAAAGUAUGUCCUCUGCGCUGACUCCCUGGGACAGGAGAAAUCACUUGGUCAAGAGGGGCUUCGAUGCGUCCAGCUGUUUGCGGAGGAAAUCGGAAAAACCAUUGUCCGAACUCAAAGAGAAGCAGUCGAAAGACAAGCAGCUGAAAUGUUAAGUGCUAGUGAACGGAAUGAUCUUGAUGCAGAACUGUCGGAGUUGCAGAAAAAGUGCUCAAUGAAGCUACAACAACUCCAGGAACAGCGCCAAGCUGAAGCGCUACAGCUCCUUGACGAGCAAGAAGCAGAGGAGAUGGCAGUAGCUGAAAGACACAGACAUGAGGCGGAAUUGAGGCAGCAAGAAAAGGCGGAAGCAGCAAAGCAAGCAGAAAAGCUGACAUUGACAAAAGAAGGAGAAGACGACGGGGGUGGCCACUUAAGCGCGGACAGCUUCUCAGAUCGUGGCGAAUCUGAUGUCGACGGGAAAUCUGGCGAAGAAAUAUUUAUUCCUCCAGCCCUUCCCAGGCAGUGCGUUUUGGAGGCUGUAGCUGCCCAUGCUGCCCUUGAGGCAUUCAAUGAGGAAGUCCUGACACCCUUCAAAUGGAACUUGUCGCUAGGCUACGAGGCGAGGGUCCUCAAGGUAAAGGCAGCUGGAAAAGACGCGUUGUGGAACUGGAACCGCCUACGUCAGCUCCUGACGCCUGCGUUUGCCGACGAGAUGUUGGCAUUCGAUCCAAAGACUCCACGGCACUACAAUGACAAAGAGAACAGCUUGAAUUUUAUCACGGACAUGCUGGACACUGAGUUUCAAGGGAACGACGAACAAUCUGAACGGCCACUUGAAAAUGUUCUGUUGACCUGGGUAACGUAUGCAGUGAAGGCCAGGAAAGCCGAGUUGGUAUUACAGCGAGAAAAGCUAAGAAGAGCUGCGUCAAUGCAACAUGUUCCUUUACCUGAAGCCAUUGAACUCGUUGAAUUAGACUCUGACUUCGAGUGCGUCGAAGAUGCUGAGCUUUAG